GCUGGCGAAAGAUGAAAGCGCGCCUUAUUCUUGUUAACUAGUAAUUACUGUUGAACAAAACGUAGAAAAACUGUGUCAGUCUACGGAAAUCUCAAAUUAUUUGUGUUGGAAAUUUUUUAAAUUACAAAAAGAAAUACUUUUGUAAAGUUUUACUGCGACGCAUCGCGGUGUGGAACAAUAGGUUCACACGUGAUCAUUCGCCGGUUCCGAUCAAUCCGGUUGACAAGCGCUAAUCUACUCGAGUGAGAAUGUCUCAACGAUCGAAGAAAUCCGCCGCCAAGGCGACAUCCACAUCCGGUGCUCAGUCGGUUUCUUCGUCGGCCUCGACUGUGUCCAGUAUGACUGAAAUUUCCGAAACGGCACUCAGUCCCUCCCGGCGCAGUCGGUUGCAGGAAAAGCACAGCCUGAUGAACCUGAACGAUCGUCUGGUGUGCUACAUAGAACGUGUUCGCUUUUUGGAACAAGAAAACUCACGGCUUUCGCUGGAAACAACCGCCAACCAGGAUGCUGCCAAUCGGGAGAUUGCGAAUCUCAAGUCGAUCUACGAGGGCGAACUGGCCGAUGCGAGAAAGCUGCUGGAUGAAACGGCCCGCGAUAAGGCAAAGGUGGAAAUUGAUGCCAAACGGUACUGGGAGGAAGCCGACCAGCUAAGGAUGAAACUGAACAAAAAAAUUAAGGAACUUGCCGACGUGGAAAAGGAUGCCCGAAUCAGUGAAGCUCGGGUAAUUGAACUAACGUCAAAUUACAACAGUGCCUGUUCGGAACGGAAAAAACUUCAAGAAGAGUUGAGAGAAAGUGAGAUGGAAGCCGCGAAAUUUAGGAAAUCUUUUGAAAAUAUGAGAAAAGAUUUAGAACAUGAAACAUUGCUACGCGUUGAUUUGGAAAAUAACGUUCAAAGCUUACGAGAGGAGUUAACGUUCAAAGAGCAAGUUCACCUUCAAGAGCUAGGCGAAAGUAAGCUGCGAAGACAAAGCGAACUCAGCGAAAUUGACGGCUUUCUCAUGGAGCAGUACGAAACGAAAUUACAGCAGACACUUCAGGAGCUUCGCGACCAAUACGAUUCCCAACUACGAAUGAACCGUGAUGAAAUCUCCGAACUGUACGAUGCCCGCAUUCAAAGCCUGGAAAAUCGUCUCACUUCCGAACGUGCUCAACACGAAGACGAACGACAAAAAAUGGAAAGGGAAAUUAAUCGUCUUCGCGAUGAGAUGUCUAUCCAUUUGAAAGAAUAUCAGGAUCUUAUGGACAUCAAGAUUUCGCUGGAUAUGGAAAUUGCUGCCUACGAUAAACUGCUCUCGUCGGAGGAAACUCGCCUGAACAUCACACCGAACGUAACGAGUACCACUGCCACCGCGGCAGCCCUUAGCACCUCCUCGCGAUUGUUUCGUACCCCUUCGUUGAAACGACGGAGAAAUGUGCUGGACGAUUCCUUGGACUACUCGGUCACCUCAACAGCGAAAGGUGAUCUCGAGCUAACCGAGUGCGACCCGGAAGGAAAAUUUGUCAAAGUUCACAACAAAUCCAAGCAGGCCUACCAGCUGGAAGGUUGGCAGAUCAAACGCAAGGCAGAUUCAUCCGAAGUAAUUUACAAAUUUCCGAAAUCGGCCAAGAUCGAGGGCAACGCUACCCUCACCAUCAUGUCGGCAUCGGCCGGGCAGAAAGCGAAUUCAGCCGGCACUCUGAUCAUGAAGGGUCAAUCGUGGACUACCGGGGACAGCAUGAGCACCGUUCUACUGAACCAGGAAGGCGAAGAGGUUGCACAGGCCGAACGGGUGAAAAUGAAGAGUUUCAACUAUUCGGGACACAAGGAUAAGUACUUUCACGAUGAAGGUGGAGCCCGGCUGGGCUUGAGUCUAUCGACAGGCAAAUCACCAGCAGCCGGGCGAGGUGAAGGUGAAAAGAAUGAUGAGCAGUGUUGUGUGAUGUGAAGUGGUUGGAAUGCGUUAGUCGUUCCACUUUUUUUUGUCGACAGGAAUCAAGUUGCAAUUUAAUUUAAAUUGAUGAUGUUUAUAAUUUAUGCUUUGUGGUUUGAAAAAUUUAUUGUAUUUUUCCAAAAUCGAAAAUAAAUUCUUUGUAUUAUUUUAUGGUUUGUAAA